GCUUUUUUCUGCUCUGCUUGGCUUGUAGGAGCUUGAAGAAAUCCGCAAAUGUGGAAUGAAGAACUUCCGUAAUAUCCAAGUUGAUGAAGCUAACUUAUUGACUUGGCAAGGGCUUAUUGUUCCUGACAAUCCUCCAUAUGACAAGGGUGCGUUCAGAAUCGAAAUCAACUUUCCCGCAGAGUACCCAUUCAAACCUCCGAAGAUUACAUUUAAAACAAAGAUCUAUCACCCUAACAUCGAUGAAAAGGGGCAGGUUUGUCUGCCAGUAAUUAGUGCUGAAAACUGGAAGCCCGCCACCAAAACUGAUCAAGUAAUCCAGUCCCUCAUAGCACUGGUGAACGACCCCCAACCCGAGCACCCCCUUCGGGCCGACCUAGCCGAAGAAUACUCUAAGGACCGUAAAAAAUUCUGUAAGAAUGCUGAAGAGUUUACAAAGAAAUAUGGCGAAAAGCGACCAGUGGACUAAAAACACAACACAGAACACAACAAAGCAAAACCUGACCGAGUUGAUGUCAGCAACGUGUGAUAGAAGAGCUGAAGCAGUGCAUUUCAGACACACCCACAAAGCAGGACUCUCUAUGGAAAAUUGACAAGUGCCACCUCUUGGUGUUAACUUGUGGCUGUUACUAACUUUCUACCGUUUCUUAAUCAAAAGUGGUCUAGGUAAUCUGUAAAGAAAGGAUUAAAAAUUUAAGAUGUUCUAGUUCUGCUUUCUUUGUUUAAAAUCACUGCUUUAAUGUACUUUAAAGAAUGCUGUUUCUUUUUUUUCUUUUUUUCCUCCUUGUCACAAUUUAUCCAAAACAAAACAAAACCUUAGACUUAUAACUUGCCCUUAAAAGUUCAAAAGGCCGUGGCUGUUAUUUCUUAUUUUCCUUGGCAAUUCUCAUUUUCCCCCCAUUUUUUUCCUUGCCCCCUGUCUUUUCCUCCUCCCUUCCCCCCAAAAGAAAAGAAAACGAAAACCGCCCCUACUUAUGUCUUAGCAAAAACGAAAGAAAACAGAGAAAGAAAGUUGAAAAAACUUUGGGCGGUUUGCUUCCCUUUUUCCCUCUCUUAAACGUUGCCCUGUGUUUCGUGGACAUCGGUCCCAGAUUUCUCUGAACUUCAGUUUGUAACAUAACCAAUCUGCCAUAUGUACAUCAGAAACAAUCAGAAUCAGCCCCAGAUCUUUUGUAAAUCUGGCUGAUGCGGCUUCAAUAAUGUUUAUUAAAUGGGGAACUCCAAGGUUUGUGUGCAUGAAUGAAUUACAGUGUGGCUUAUGUUCUGUUUGUGGGGGAAAUUUUGACUUAGGUUGUUCUUUAGCAAAGGAAUAGUGGAAUGUGAUUCCCCCCUCCCCUUUCGUGUUCUUGUUUUACUCUUCCCUUUUAUUCUUUAGUAUCUAUGCAGACUACCUAGAAUAAAGAAUUACUCCAAAUAGCAUUGCAAGUCUAUUUGGGAGAAUUUCAAAUUGGGGACCAAGAGGUACCAAAACAGGAUCAACCAACCAAGCUCAGCUCCCCAUCCUGUAUAUCUUCCUAGCUGAGAGACUCACUGGAGAAAUCCUUCUUGAAAUCUUAGUUCUGAAAAACAAAUACCUAGUCAUAGACGCUUCAUCUUAACCUCUUUCCUGUGCAAGGACAAGCUUAUUUUCUCCUGAUAAUGGAUUGGUUUGAUUGUUGUCCACAAUGUAAGAAAUUUCCAUUAAGCAAUACCUGGCCAAUCGUGAAAGUGAGCAGUUGCUGUUCUUCAUAAAAUAUCUGUACAUGAAAUGUGGCAUUUCGGAAUUAGACAUGUUGAUUCAGUGGCGUUUUUUAAACCCAGAUAUCCCUGCUCGAGUUAGGGGUGAAGUUCUUUCCAGGUAGAACUGAAUACCCUUUCGAUGUAGUGUUGUUACCUUUUAAGUUUAGGGUAUCGUUUAAGGGGGGCAAAAAGCAACUUGGUUACGUGACACAGUUGACUCCCUGGCUGCUCAGUUUUAAAUGCCUGGCUUUAAGCAAGCAUUUCCACCCAUUUCUGUGAAACUGCAGUGAAGAACAAAAAGUGCGUAUCAUUCUGUUUUGCAUGGAUUUGCCUUCAUAAACAGCAUUCCAGUGGGUUAUUUUUAAGGAAUCUGGAAUUAUUGUUUGCCAUAUUUCAGGACUAAUGUAUGUUGGGGAGCAGUGGAAUAGCAUUCUAAUAUUUUGUGUACACCUUUUCAUCUUCCUUCUCUACUCCAGCUUUUGAUUUUAAACUAUACAAGAUUGACAGCCAAGUAUCUCUGUUGAAAAGUAGAAGAACCCCAGAUUUUUUCCUUAUCAGUUGGGGUAUGAAACAUCUCUGUUUUAAGUGUUCUUAGACAAAUUCUUUGGUAGGCAAUUAAAGUUUAAAAAAAAAACUAACUUAAUGGACACUUGCAUUUCCUUAAGUGUGUGUGUAGGCUUGGUGACCAGCACUGUCUAUUACCAAAAUCUCCACAAUUUUUGUGUCUUCAUUUGCAGAAAGUUGGUACUGACUUUGUUUCAUUCACGCUCACGCAGAUUCAAAAUAAACAAAAAAUGCCAAAUUUUACCUGUCAAACUGAAGUGUAUGUAAAAUCCUGCAUUGCAUCACAUUGAAAUGAGCAAUUGUCUUUCUUUUUUUUAGCUGUUCUUGUUCCAUACACAGCUCUGUACUCUUUUUUACUUUGAUAGUGAGAAAAAAAUGUCAAUAUAUCUCUCUCGCUUUUAAAUUGUAAACAUCUCAGGUCAAAUUGCAAACUUGUAAACUGGUGCUUUCUGAGCAGAGAAUUGAAGAAUUUGGAUAAUUUAAGGGACUGGCAUUCAGAAUCCCCUUCUCAUCUUGGUUAAUUUGGAAGGUAACGGUCCACUGGCGUUUCCUCUGAGGGUCAGACCCAUGCAUUCAAACCCACAAAUGUCAGUUGCAUUUGUGCAAAUCGUGUAACCCGUCCCCAGAUCUCCAGAGAUAACCACCACUGUCUUCUACAAACUGGCGAUCUUGCGAUUGCAUUUGUUUAGUGGCUAUCUCUGCAACUAAAAUAGGCUUGCUUCUGUCGAAGAACAUCUUAAAAUAUCCCAGGCCACCUCCUUCUGUGAGAUGCCCCAUUUCCCUUCCAUUUUUUCCCACGGGAAGAUCCACCCACCCACCCCCAAAUAACCAUCAAGCCUCAGGACGUAGGAUUUUCAAUAAGGUGCAAAAGGCAGAGUGGUAUGGACUGCACAGAAGCAAGGGAAGUUGUUAAGAACUUUGACCAUGAAACCAAUAGCGGGUGCCUGUUUUGAUGGACCUGAGAGGUGAUUUCUGCAACUUAGAGAGCAAAUGUGACCCUUCGCCCAAACCAAUUUUCCAGCUGUUUGGUGAUUCUUCCCUGCACCUCUGUCCCAGUGCUAACAGGCCUCGCUGUCUGUUCCUGUCGUUUGUACGCAGGAAUGAAUUGUCCUGGAUUUGAAGCCCUGUGUUGGCUCAAGCGUUUGCUUCUGUGCCCAGUAAGAGUUGCUGGUGAAGGAGAUGGGCUUGCCAAUCCCAAGGCCUGUGGGUUGUUCAGGGGGCAUCACAAGCAGUGCAGCUUGAAGGCCACUUAAUACAUCAUAAUUCAACCAUGUGAUGUCAUUCCAUCCUCCUUUUUCGCUCUGUCGUUUUUGGUUCUGUCCCGUUCCCCAGCUGAAGCCGUUCUGACCUUGUAGUUUUGAGGUCCCCCAAGUCUACACCACCCUUUCCUGUAAUGGUCUAGGCUUUCUCGCAACGCCAUCCUGCUACCCUGAAUAAAAAUGCUCUCAAAG